GCAGUGGCGCAUCGCUUUCAUUUGACUGAGCACGGAUACAGACGAACACUGGCGCUGCUCACAUGUAGAGGGGAGAAACCGGCCAGUGCUCAGCCCGACAGUCCGCGGAAGGGAACGGAAGCCGUGUUUAGUGGCUGGUGGAGGGCUGUCAUGAGAAAAAGCACGCGAAGGAAACACAUCACUCAGGUUACACCGGUGCCGACGCGAACGGAGGAAGGUGGGACGGAAAGUAGAAGAUAAGCAAGGUACGCGCGCGCGCGCGUGUGUGUGAUUAACCACCGUGUUGCCGGAGCAAGGCCAGAAGGCGUUGGUGUCUCCUCCUCUGCAUCAUGUUUAAGAACAGCUUGAAGAUGCUGCUGACGGGGGGAAGAAACAACAGGAAGAGCCGAAACAGCAGCGAUGGCUGGAACGAGGAGACCAUAGACCUGCAGAGCGCCAGCUUGGAUCCCCUUCACAACUUCACUGGACAAGGUGGCAGUAUAGACAGUGACUGUGCCUUUGAUGGGGACUAUGCUGUGCCUCCACUUUCCAUGGCUGAGGGGCUGCAGCACAUCCGUAUGAUGGAGGGAGCGUCCCGAUCUCUGCCCUCGUCGCCUUUGCUCACUCACCAGACCUCCAGCUCGGGACCGCCGUCCGUCAGGAAGGUCUUCGGCCAGGACACAGGGGGGUUAGGUCCAGAUCUCGACCCCCCUCCCUCAGUGGACGAGGCAGCGAACACGUUGAUGACUCGUCUUGGCUUCCUACUUGGAGAUAAAGUGAGCGAGGGGUCUCCAGGGCCGCAGUACAGCAUGGAUGAGCCUGAUGACGCACAGGGUUUAGGAGUGAGCGGCAGGAUGAGUCCGUGUUCCACCCUGACCAGCAGCACCGCCUCGCCUCCCGCCUGCAGUCCGUGCUCCACUCUUCCUUCUGCCGCUCCGGGACAGGCCGUCACCAGCCCCACAUCCACCCUGGAGAGCAGAGACAGCGGCAUCAUCGCCACCCUGACCAGUUAUUCGGAGCCGAUGGACAGGGGCGGGAAACACGGCGACGGCUCUCGCGGCAGCAGCCUGAAGCUCUGGCACUCGCACAGAUCCACUCUGGACUCCAGCCUGUACCGCGUGGACGAAAACAUGGCCGCCUCCACCUACAGCCUCAACAAGAUCCCCGAGCCCGGCUCCGCCCACUACUCCUCUCACCCCACCCCCCUCUACCUCAUGCCCCGCCCCAACUCAGUGGCAGCCACCAGUUCAGCUCAUCUGGAGGACCUGGCGUAUCUGGAUGAGCAGAGACACGCCCCCCUGCGCACCUCGCUGCGGAUGUCCCGACAGAACACGGGCGCGGGCCGCUCCGGGCAGGACCUGCGAGCUUCCGCUAACAGCCAUGCCUGGCAGUCUCAGUCACUGCGAUUUGCUCCGUACAGACUGCAGGACAUCGCACUGAAGCCGCUGCUGUUCGAGGUCCCCAGCAUCACCAUGGACUCUGUGUUCACCGGCCGUGAUUGGCUCUUCCAGGAGAUUGACGCCUACCUACGCACCGCCCACUCGGCCACCAACCGCGGCGUGGUUCUGGUGGGCAACAUCGGCUACGGCAAAACGGCCAUCAUCUCGCGCCUCGUGGCUCUCAGCUGCCAUGGCAACCGCAUGCGACAGAUCGCCUCCGACAGCCCGCAGGCGUCGCCAAAACAUGGAGAUGGCAUCCCUCUCACACAGCCGCAGCCUUCCCAUGGUACACUGGGAGGAGGAAGUUGCCCUGGAACUCCAGAAAUGAGGAGGAGGCAGGAGGAGGCCAUGAGGAGGCUCGCCUCACAGGUGGUGGCAUAUCACUACUGUCAGGCAGAUAACGCCUACACCUGCCUGGUGCCGGAGUUUGUGCACAACGUGGCGGCGCUGCUGUGUCGCUCGCCGCAGCUCGCCGCGUACAGAGAACUGCUGCUGAAAGAGCCGCACAUACAGAGCAUGCUCAGUCUGAGAUCCUGCGUCCAAGAUCCGCCCACUGCCUUCAGACGAGGGGUGCUCGAACCGCUGGAUGCACUUUAUAAAGAGAGGAAGAUCACUCCAGAUGAAGACCUCAUCAUUCUCAUUGAUGGUCUGAAUGAGGCUGAGUUCCACAAACCAGACUACGGUGACACGAUUGUGUCGUUCCUCUGUAAGACCAUCAACAAGUUUCCAGCCUGGCUCAAACUGGUGGUGACUGUCAGAACCUCCUUGCAGGAAAUCACCAAACCUCUGCCGUUCCACCAAAUCUCUCUGGACGCCCUGGAGGAGAACGACGCCAUCGACCACGACCUGCAGGGCUACAUCCUGCACCGCAUCCACAGCAGCGCUGAGAUCCAGAACAACAUCUCCCUCAACGGCAAGAUGGACAACACCAGCUUCGGCAAGCUCAGCUCCCACCUCAAGGCCCUCAGCCAGGGCUCGCUGCUCUACCUGAAGCUCACCUUCGACCUGAUCGAGCGCGGCUACCUGGUGCUCAAAAGCUCCAACUACAAAGUUGUCCCGGUCAGCCUAGCUGAGGUUUACCUUCUGCAGUGUAACAUGCGCUUCCCGACGCAGUCGUCGUUCGAGAGGGCCCUGCCGCUGCUCAACGUGGCUCUGGCCUCCCUGCACCCGCUCACCGACGAGCAGAUCUACCAGGCCAUCAACAGCGGAUCGGUGAAGGGCACGCUGGAAUGGGACGACUUCCAGCAGAGGAUGGAGAACCUGUCGGUGUUCCUGGUGAAGAGACGGGACGGGACGCGCAUGUUCGUGCACCCGUCCUUUAGAGAAUGGCUCAUAUGGAGAGAGGAGGGAGAGAAGACCAAGUUCCUCUGUGAUCCCAGGAAUGGCCAUACGCUUCUGGCUUUCUGGUUCUCCAGACAAGAAAACAAACUAAAUAGACAGCAGACAAUUGAGCUGGGUCACCAUAUACUGAAAGCACACAUAUUCAAGGGCCUGAGUAAGAAGGUCGGAGUUUCUUCAUCUAUCUUGCAAGGGCUGUGGGUGUCGUACAGUACAGAGAGUUUGUCUACAGCUCUGUCAUCGCUCAGAAACCUUUACACACCCAACAUUAAGGUGUCCCGGCUGCUGAUAUUGGGCGGUGCAAAUGUGAAUUACCGUACGGAGGUGUUGAACAACGCUCCGGUGCUGUGUGUGCACGCUCACCUGGGUUACGCCGACAUGGUGAACCUGCUGCUGGAGUACGGCGCCAGCGUGGAAUCAACAUCUGAGAGCGGCCUCACUCCACUGGGCUACGCCGCCGCCGCCGGGCACCUGGGAAUAGUCACUGCCCUCUGCAAGAGGAAAGCAAAGCUCGACCACUUGGACAAGCACGGUCAGUGUGCUCUAGUGCAUGCUGCUCUCAGAGGUCAUCUGGAGGUAGUGAAAUUCCUCAUUCAGAAUGACUGGGGUCAGACGCACCUCCAGAGCCCCUCCCCCACACAGUCGCAGGACACGCCCUCUCCGACGCAGCCGCAGACCACGCCCUCCCCAACACCGCCAGAUGCCACGCCCUCCCCCACACAAGCCACGCCCCAGGAGUCGCAGCCCUCCAGCCCUGAGCGACAGGAGGAGGAGGCGGAGGAGCCGCAGGAGUCCGAGCAAAAGGAGGAGGAGCAGGAGGAGACUCCAGAAGAGUCGGAACAGCAGACGCAAGCGGAAACACAGAGUCAGCAGCAGACGUCACCACAGCCUGUGACCUUCAACAAGAGUGUGGCAGUGCAGCAGGCGCUUAUAGCAGCGGCCAGCAUGGGUUACACAGAGAUUGUGUCGUAUCUCUUGGACUUGCCUGAGAGAGAUGAAGAGGACACUCAGCGUGCUCAGAUUAACAGCUAUGACACCCUGUGGGGUGAGACAGCGCUGUCGGCAGCAGCAGGCCGGGGGAAGCUGGACGUCUGUCGGCUGCUGUUGGAGCAGGGCUCUGCCGUGGCGCAGCCCAACCGGAGAGGAGUGGUGCCGCUCUUCAGCUCUGUGCGUCAAGGACACUGGCAGAUUGUGGAUCUGUUGGUGUCGCACGGAGCAGAUGUAAACCUGGCUGAUAAACAAGGCCGUACUCCGCUCAUGAUGGCCGCUUCAGAGGGGCACCUGGACACGGUGGAGUUCCUAAUGGCUCAGGGUGCGUCUAUGGAUCUAAUGGAUAAGGAGGGUCUGACGGCGCUCAGCUGGGCGUGUUUGAAAGGACAUCUGUCUGUGGUUCGCUGCCUGGUGGAAAGGGGUGCCGCGACCGACCAUGCUGAUAAAAACGGACGAACGCCUCUCGAUCUGGCCGCCUUCUAUGGAGACUCAGAUGUGGUGCAGUUCCUGGUGGAUCACGGGGCUUUGAUCGAGCACGUGGACUACAGUGGGAUGCGUCCUCUGGACCGGGCGGUCGGCUGCAGAAACACAUCAGUGGUGGUUGCCCUGCUGAAGAAAGGAGCCAAAAUCGGAUGUCAGACACUGCCAAGUCGGCACAAAGGAGGUCCUGCUACCUGGGCAAUGGCGACAUCCAAACCUGACAUCAUGAUUAUCCUACUGAGUAAGCUUUUAGAGGAAGGAGAUGGCUUCUACAAGAAGGGUAAAGUGAAGGAGGCAGCUCAGCGCUACCAGUAUGCUUUGAAGAAAUUUCCAAGAGAAGGAUUAAGUGAGGACCUGAAGACCUUUAAGGAGCUCAAAGUGUCUUUGUUCCUCAACUUGUCUCGCUGUCGGAGGAAAAUGAAUGACUUUGGUAUGGCGGAAGAGUUUGCUACCAAGGCUCUGGAACUGAAGCCUAAAUCUUACGAGGCAUUCUAUGCUAGAGCCCGUGCCAAGCGUAGCAGCAGGCAAUUCGCUGAAGCAUUAGAAGACUUGAGGGAAGCCAUUAAGCUGUGUCCCAACAAUCGUGAAAUCCAACGCCUCCUUCAGCGCGUGGAGGAGGAGUUCAGGCAAGUUACCCAGUCAGAGGAGCCAGAGCUUGAGCCUCCUCCAUCCCCACCACCAUCUCCCUUACCGGUGGAGGAAGAUGAGGAGCCCCCUCAUCAUACCCCUCCACCUGAGCCAAGACUGGAUGACAUGGAACCUGUCCAAGACUUGUUUGAGGAUGACGACUUCCUGGAACAAGAGCUGGAGGCUGUGUCUAUUGGUCUUGCUUCCGAUAUUCGCUCGAAUGCUUCGAGCCUCGCCAUUAUACGUAGUCCACCCCUUUCUCCGCCCCAUCAUGACACUGGCUACCUAUCUGGAGGGCAGGCCUUUGAGUUCCACCCAAGCUCCUCCUCCAUGUCAUCUCCUACCCAUCACAGUUACCAGUCAACCUCCCCAUGUAUCUCUCCGACACAUCAGAACUCCCACUACCGUCAGAGUCCACCUCACACCUCUCCAGCCCAUCAGUCCUCCUACCGGUUCAGCCCUCCACCCAUGGGCGGUGGAGGGAACCAGGGGAUGGACUACCAGAGUCCUCCGCCGUCUCCUCUUAGGCGUGGGGUUCCGUUCAGAGGUAGCCCUCCGAUUGAGAGUGUGUGUCUGUAUCGUUCCCAGUCUGGCUCUCCAGUCCGCUACCAGCAGGAUCCUUUACCUAGUCGCCCUAAAUCGCCACUGUUGAAGAUGAGCAGUCAGCGGUCCUUCCAGCUCCAGUCGCAACCUUCCCAGAGCUCUCAGAGCAGCCAGCAUCACCAGGUUCAGGGUCUUCGCCUGCAGCCCUCAAUGGCACAGAUCGUCCGCACUAACCAGCCUAGUAACAGCAUGUACAGCCAGUUGGCGCAUCCACUCAGCAGGUAUCAGGGUAGUUCUAUGGAUGUGGACAGGGACAGAGAUCGAGAGCCAAGGCUGGUGUACCAGCCCUCGUUGGAUGGCCGGUCAAUGUCUCAAGUGCAAUCCAGCCUUAGUGUGGGAGCUCUCUGUCAGCAUGGGGGCCGAGGUGGGCCUGCCGGGGUUCUGGAGUCAAACCUGGGGAAAGAUGAGAUGCCUCAGCGUCCCACUUCAGCCUACCGUUCGGCUACAGGGGGACCCGGAGGCAUGCGCUUCAGCCAAACCCCCCAGAUAAGCCGCAGUCAGUCAGCGGCAUACUAUCCGGUCUCCAAGCAUGAACUUGAGAGAGCAGUGGCGGCCUCUGCUCUGCCACCGUGCCAGCUGGGCUCUCCGGAGAUCCCCCACCUAGUGCGCAGACCUAUCAGUGCCAACACAAGUGACCUAAAACAGCACGUACCGACCCCCAGACCACUUAUCCACUCCCAGAGCGUCAAUCUUCGCUUCUCCCCAUCUAGCAGUAAUAUCUCCUCAGGCUCCAGCUGCAAUCUAGGCCCUGGCUUCAGGCCCUCGUCCUCCAUGGCUCAAAUGGAAAUCCCGCUGCAGGCCGCGUAUGAACGAAGCUUCGAUGAGCCGUCUGCCCUCUCGCCCUCUCAGAGCGGACUGUACUCGGGCGAACCCGCCCGAUCCCGGACCACUCCGUUCAUGGGCGUCAUCGACAAGACCGCAAGGACUCAGCAGCAGUACCUUCACCAGCCUUCCCGGGCCUGGCCCGUGUCAUCUCUGGAAUCGGUUAUCACUAGCCCCACGUCGCCUGGCAAUUUGAUCCACCAAGCCUCCACCGCCUCCUCCUACAGCCCGCCUACAUCUCUAGGCAAUAUCGCCUACUACAAUAAGACCAAUAAUGCCCAGAAUGGACACAUGCUAGAGGAGGAGUACUACGCCCAGCCCCAGCCCUCGUCCCUGGGCAAGCUCGCCAACGGAGGGGCCCGUGAUCGAGACCUCCUGGAGCGAGUGAGCCAGGCGCCAACAUACCAGGAUGUUAAGGUGGCACGGACAAUGCCCGUGGCACAGGCGUACCAGGAGAACAUGUACCGCCAGCUUUCCCGCGACGCCAGACAAGGUCCCACCUCGCCCAUCAAACCAAAGAGACCCUUUGUGGAGUCAAAUGUUUAAUAGGCACCCAAAAGGGUGGGCAUAAAGGUGUGAGUGACAGUGAAUGUUUGCGUCAGGUCUUAGGGACGGCGUAGGUUACUAAAGCCAGUAUUUUGAGUAGAGGAAACUGCAUAGUAGGAAUACUUUUAAUAAACUAAAAAACAGUGUUACAAAAGUUGUGUACAAAUACCUGUGCCUACUUUAGGUCAAACUCAAUCUGUUGGUAAAAACUUAGUUUUUAGAACUUCAGGGUAGCCUGUCCAGCACCCUUUCGGAGUAUUAGAAUACAGUAUGUUAAAGUAAAAAAGUUCUUUAAGGCUCUGCACAUGAUAAGAAAGCACAUUUAUUGACGUUCCACAACAGAGGCCUACACACAGAGGAGUAGUGUGUCUUGCGAAACUGGAAAUCUAUGGGUUGAACUCAUUCCCGCUCUCACUUAAUCCUUCUCUCUCUCUUCCCAAUGAAACGUAACAAAUUUGCUAGGCUUUCAGGACAUCAUAUUGUUGAAUUGUUCAAUAUUGUAAAAAGUGAAAAUCUGUUUCAGAAAAACAGCUGAGUUGUAGUUAUAGAAGGAAAAGAGGAAUAUUUAUAAUUAAGUUAUAUGAUGUAUAGAAAUAUUAAAUCAGUUUUGUGUCAGGUUUAUUUUGCUUUUGUUACUGUCUUUAAUUUGGUGUCUAUUGAUUUGAACAUUUGGAAAUGGUAUCCGAUAUUUUCAAAGUAAUGAUUCAGAGUUUAUGACUGGAGAUGAUUAUCUUUACAGUUAUCACCUUAUAAUUCUGGCUCCCAAGCGGAAAUAUUGUUUGUGUCAAAAUUCACAGCUGUAGAGUGGCAAUAAUAUUAGUUUAAUCAAUUUCUUGGGAAUAAGCCUAAUAUGAUUUUCAAGUAACCCUUACAUUCUGUGGAUAUCGCUUAGUCUUUAUUUACAAAACGAGUUCAGUUAAUUACCAAGUACUGGAGUGGCAAUCCUGCCGCAUUUCAAGUGGAAGAAUGUAUCACACCAUAGACGUCUUAUGAACUCUACCGUAUGUAUACUACGCAAAACAAAGUUUCAGGGGCGUUUGCAAGGUAGUAAUAGAAUUUCUUCUCUUUUUUUCGGUUUCUUUAUUGUUCUAAGAAAUGGAAUAUUGCAUCGUCACAGAGAAGCAUUAGUAUAUCAAGUGAACUAUGUUUUAACUUUUAAACUUUUAUUCGUAACUUUGGUCUGCACUGACUGUCUGUGACAUUAUGAAGAAAGAGAGCACUUUAUUCAUUUGUAAGGAUUGUAUGGAAUGUGAAUAUUGGGGGGCUGGAGAUGUUUAACUUUGUUUUGUUUGUUUUGUUUUGUUUUUUUGGAUCUGGGAUGGGACAUCCUUACUUACGAACGUUCAGUGGACACUGGAAAAUAACCUGUGAUUAGUUGUACUACUAGAAAACAAAAUAGCAGUCAAUGUCCUUGGUGCAAUUCUAAUUUUUCAAGCAAAUGAAUGAACAAUAAUAUAAAAGAGCAAAUUAUGUUUUUAAAAAGAUAUAAAAAAGUGUAUAUAACAGCCUUUAUAGAGCGCAGUGUACUUGCUGUAUAUAGUGGCCAAAUGUGUUCAUGCAUACGAAAUCCCGCUCUCCUCCGCAAACGCGCCGCGUGAGACGGACUCGACGAGCCUCACGUGUCAAACGCAGUUCAGUGACGUCACACACUACCGGAAAGCAAACCAGCCAUUUUGAAAUAGUGUAUUUGUCGUGUAAAAAUACAAUAUUCAGCUAGUUCCUUUUGAAGUUCUCUGCUUCAGAAUGCAAUAUUAUUAACAUGCGGAGCUUAAAUGUGGCUUUGGUCAGAUCUUCUCACAAAUACAGUAUAUGGACAGAUAUCUAGACAGCUUGUCUUAAAGGCAACCAUAUUCACCUUUCUAUUGCUGUCGGUGUAAACUUGCUUGAAUCGAGAGAUGCCUCAUGGUCAGCUUUCGGGGGGAAGCUAAAUAAACAGCACUUGAGAACUUUAGGGCAGUGCGGUUUUUCAGUGCAAGUUAUUUUUGCUGUACAUAACCUGACGCAUGAUUUAUCCUCCAUUGCCCUCAGAAAUCGACAUACACAGACAUUCGUGAAUCUGCCGUAUGCCUCCAAUAGAGGAACUAAACAGAAAUAGAGUUCACACCUGACGAAAAAGAGAAAUCUCACACUCAUCUCCACCAAACUCGACAGUAGAGACGUGACAUUUACCUCUGAAGGGUUUGGCCAUUCUUUUUACCUUUCAGUUGGAUUUGAGUUGAUUUUAAUGUACUUGCUUGCUAAGCAGAGUUUCUCGUCUGUACAUGUGAGCUUUCAGAGCGCUGUGACAACGUUUAAUGACUUCAAUAAACCAGAAUGUGUUUUUA